GUCUUUGAAUCAUUUCCAAAAUGGCGGCUUCUCUGUUCGGUCCAACUGCGCGUUCCUCAUCUAAGAAUUUGCUCGAGUUUCGAGCAGGGAAAAUGAACUUGAAGGGUACCACAGUCACCGCGGAUAAACGCAAAGGACAGGUGUACAUUCAUCAAAGCGAGGACUCACUUAUGCACUUCUGUUGGAAAGAUAGAACUUCAGGCAAAGUUGAAGAUGACUUGAUCAUCUUCCCGGAUGACAUUGAGUACAAACGUGUGAAGCAAUGCACCACUGGGCGUGUCUACAUUCUGAAGUUCAAGUCGUCGUCACGCAAGUUCUUCUUCUGGAUGCAGGAGCCUAAGACGGACAAAGACGAGGAAUACUGCACCAAAGUCAACAGCUUGCUGAAUAACCCGCCCACACCAGGAUCAACAAGUAGUGGUGGCGGGGGCCUGUCUAGCGGACUGGCGGCAGCACUAGAAGAGCAACUGGGUGGCAUGGGUGAAAGUCAGCUGCAAGGUCUUCUGGGUAAUAUGGACCAGCAGCAGCUGUUGCAACUGCUGAGUGGUUUUGGCGGCAUGCCGAGUGGUAACAGUAGCGCCCCACCUCCAAUGGCUUCGCCAACUCCUACGCGAGUGCAGUCCUCUCCAGGGCCCAGAACGAGCUCUUCUGCGGCAGAGACUCCAAAUAUCCGCCCAGCGACAGCAGUGCCUAAUGCCCCUCCCCCUGCCACGCCCCCACCGCGACAGGUGGUGCAGCUGAGUGACCUGCAGAAUAUCCUGUCAAAUAUCCAGGCCACGCCUGACCAGGGGCAACAACAGGAAAGUGUUGAUCUGUCCAGGGUGUUGACACCUGAAGCCAUUGGCCCCUUGUUGAAUAACCCUGAGUUCCGUGAAGGCCUUGCCCCUUUCUUGCCCUCGGGUAGUGAGCUGCCCCCAGUGUCAUCAGAAGUGUCCUCCACUCUCUGGUCUCCACAAUUCCAGCAGGCUGUUGGGAUGUUCAGCACUGCUCUUCAGUCAGGCCAACUUGGUCCGCUCAUGUCCCAGUUUGGUUUUGGUGAAGAUGUAGUGAUGGCUGCUGCUCAGGGAGACAUGGACCAGUUUGUGCAGGCCCUUCAGGCGUCCUCACGCCCCACCACUGCUGGGAGCACUAGUGCCGAGAGCUCACGUGCACCCUCCGCUGCCGAGGAGAAGCCAAAGAAAGACGAUGAUGAAGAUGAACACAUGAGCCUGGAUUGAUUAUGCUUCCUUUAGGACCUUGUAACCAGCUUGAUAUUGUAAUGAAUGCUAGUAAAAAGAAGAGAGACUUCUGAAAUACUGUAUGUUGAAUGCUAGUUCAAUAAAAAGAGUCCUCUAAAA